GGGGAGUAGAAGGGUGUACGAGAAUUGGAUUGAAAUGAUUAGACUCCAUAGUCCAUCCAUAACCUCUAAAAACAUUUAUUAAGUGUGUUGUUACAGCGAUGCCUGUCGUGAUUGUUAUGUUUAAUCAGUUAAAUGCUGAACAUGCUAGUCUUACCCGUAGUUAUAUUUGAGUGUGUCUUAUAAUGUUUGAGAAUUUAUAACUAUUGAGAUGUGGGUUUUUACAACUAAUGUGUCAGUGUCCACAGGAGUAUAUAAUUGUUAAUAUUAUUCUCUGAGUUUAUUAUUAUUUAUUAGUAAUUAAUUUAAUAUUCAAUAAUUAUACCAUAUAGAAAUGGCUCGAUCUUUGAUACCAAGUCAACAGAAGUUAGCUGAAAAGCUAACCUUGCUCAAUGAUAGAGGAAUUGGAAUGCUAACAAGAAUAUACAACAUCAAGAAGGCUUGUGGAGAUGCCAAAUCCAAACCUGGUUUUCUGUCUGAUAAAUCUCUUGAAUCAUCAAUAAAGUAUAUUGUUAGACGAUUUCCAAAUAUAGACACUAAAGGACUGCAAGCCAUAACUCCAAUACGAACUGAGAUUAUUAAAUCCCUAUCUCUCUACUACUACACAUUUGUGGAUCUAUUGGACUUCAAAGACAGUGUUUGUGAGCUACUCACCACUAUGGACGCUUGUCAAGUACAUCUCGAUAUUACUUUAAAUUUUGAGCUGACCAAGGCCUACUUGGACCUUGUGGUGGCCUACGUCACUCUAAUGAUCCUUCUAUCCAAAGUAGAGGAUAGAAAAGCGGUGUUGGGACUUUUCAAUGCAGCCCAUGAAUUGGUUCAUAAUCAAAGUGAUCAAAGUUUUCCUCGUCUUGGACAGAUGAUUAUGGACUAUGAUCCUCCCCUCAAGAAGUUGUCAGAGGAGUUUGUGCCUCAUGCUAAGCUGUUAUACUCUGCUCUAAUCUCGUUAUGGCCUAUCUAUAUUUCUCACAACCUCUCCGCAGACAAGUGGAGGUCUGAUCAGAAGUUAAGCCUUGUUGGAAACCCAGGACAGUUAUUAAAGCCAUCACAGACAGAGACUAUAUCCUGUGAAUACUUGGCUCUCGAGUCAAUGGAAAGAUGGAUUAUAUUUGGUUUCAUGCUAUGUCAUCAAGCCCUCCAACAAGAACAACCGAACAAGCUCUGGCUCAGUGCUCUGGAGAACAGUUGGGUGGUGGCUCUCUUCAGGGAUGAGGUCAUCUACAUACAUGCAUAUAUCCAAGGAUUCUUUGAUACUAUCAAGGGCUAUGGCAAGAGAAUAUCUGAAGUCAAGGACUGCUAUAACCAAGCGAUACAGAAAGCAACCUACAGGCACAGAGAACGAAGAAAAUUUCUACGGACGGCUCUCAAAGAACUUGGUCUGAUUCUGACGGAUCAGCCUGGGCUCCUGGGACCAAAGGCAUUGCUGAUAUUCAUAGCUCUGUGCUUUGCUCGGGAUGAGGUCUAUUGGCUCCUGAGACACAACGACAACCCUCCUCAACAGAAGAGCAAAGGAAAGACUGCGGAAGAUCUCGUAGACAGACAACUUCCCGAGUUGCUUUUCCAUAUGGAGGAACUGAGAGUGCUGGUGCGCAAGUACAGCCAAGUGAUCCAGCGAUACUAUGUCCAGUACCUGGCCGGGUUCGAUGCCAUCGCUCUCAACCAGAUGAUGCAGAAUCUCGCUGUCUGUCCUGAGGAUGAGAGCAUUAUAUUAUCUUCUCUCUGCAAUAACAUUGCUAAUUUGUCUGUCAAACAAGUUGAGGACAAUGAUCUGUUUGAUUUCCGAGCCUUGAGAUUGGACUGGCUACGCCUGCAGGCCUACGCGUCGGUUGCCAAAGCCCCACUUUCACUAGCAGAGAACCGAGACCUCGCAUCUUUGCUCGAUACCAUUCUCUUCCACACGAAAAUGGUGGACUACCUCGACGAGAUGAUGGUAGAAACCUCAGAUCUGUCUAUAUUUUGUUUUUAUAGCAAAAUAUUUGAAGAUCAGUUCCACAUGUGUUUAGAGUUCCCAGCACAGAAUCGAUACAUCGUCGCAUUCCCUCUCAUAUGCAACCACUUCCAGAGCUGCACGCAUGAGCUAUGCCCAGAAGAGCGACAUCACAUUAGAGAGCGCAGCCUGUCAGUGGUAAAUAUGUUCCUCGAUGAGAUGGCCAAGGAGGCCAAAAACAUCAUCACGACAAUAUGCGAUGAGCAAUGCACCAUGAGUGACAAGCUGUUACCAAAACACUGUGCUAUGUUGAUAUCUCAAGUUGUCAAUAGAAAAAAGAAAGAGAAGAAUAAGAAAAACACAUUAGAAAUUCCUAAGCCCGGAGUUGAAAGUUAUAGAAAAACAAGAGAAGAGUUGACAACAAUGGACAAGCUCCACAUGGCUCUGACGGAACUGUGCUACGCUCUCAACUAUUGUUCGACAAUCAACGUGUGGGAGUACACUUUUGCGCCACGCGAGUAUCUCCACCAACACUUGGAGAAUAGGUUUGCGCGUGCUCUCGUGGGCAUGGUUAUGUUCAAUCCUGACACCAGCGAGAUCGCUAAACCCUCUGAACUGCUAGCCAGUGUACGAGCCUACAUGAAUGUACUUCAAACUGUUGAAAACUAUGUUCACAUUGACAUCACCCGUGUGUUCAAUAACGCCCUUCUGCAGCAGACUCAGCAGAUAGAUAGCCAUGGUGAGAAGACUGUUGCUGCACUCUACACACAGUGGUACUCAGAAGUUCUGCUGAGGAGAGUGAGUGCUGGAAACAUCUGUUUCUCAAUGAAUCAGAGAGCGUUUAUCAGUCUCACUGCCGAAGGAGCUAUACCCUUCAAUGCAGAAGAGUUCUCAGAUAUCAAUGAACUAAGAGCUUUGGCUGAGCUCAUAGGUCCAUAUGGAAUGAAGCUUCUCAACGAAACACUGAUGUGGCACAUUGCCAGUCAAGUCCAGGAACUCAAGAAACUAGUUGCUGGGAAUAAGGAAGUACUAAUUGCUCUUCGCACAAACUUUGACAAGCCAGAAAUUAUGAAAGAGCAGUUUAGGAAGUUGCAGAGUGUGGACGAUGUUCUGAAACGGAUGACAAUAGUGGGAGUCAUCCUAAGUUUCCGCCAACUGGCUCAGGGUGCCCUAGUGGAUGUCCUAGAAGAGAGAAUACCCUUCCUCCUCAGUUCAAUCUUGGAUUUCAGGCACCAUCUUCCCUCUGGUGAUCCUAUGGUGGUUAGUGAGAUGGCGUCUGCCGCCGGACUGACAUGUAAGGUGGAUCCUACACUAGCAGCUGCUCUUCGCAAUCAGAAAAAUGAUACGGAUGAAGAUGAACAUCUGUUGGCUUGUUUGUUGAUGGUGUUUGUUGCUGUUUCAAUACCCAAACUGGCACGGAAUGACAACUCUUUCUAUAGAGCAUCACUAGAAGGCCAUGCAAACAAUAUUCACUGUAUGGCGGCUGCAGUCAACAACAUUUUUGGGGCACUUUUCACAAUUUGUGGACAAGGAGACAUUGAAGACAGAAUGAAGGAAUUUUUAGCUCUUGCCUCCUCAAGCCUGUUACGAUUGGGGCAAGAAGCUGACAAAGAAAUUACGAAGAAUAGAGAAUCUGUUUAUUUGCUCCUAGAUCAGAUUGUCCAAGAAUCUCCGUUCUUAACGAUGGAUCUGCUUGAGUCAUGUUUUCCAUAUGCACUGAUUCGCAACGCAUACCAUGCUGUCUACAAGCAAGAACACUCCCAGGCGUAGUCAUGCAGAGUACACACAUUCCAACUCCUUCUCGUGUAAAUAUUCUUCUGUGGCAUCUUAUACACUUUUUGUAAUUACAUACAUCUCAGUCAAUUGCAUUUGUAUAUUUGUAGGUGUGUUUAUAACGAUUACCGAGUCUAAUUUGAGAAAUGUAUGCUUUAUUAUAAUUGUUAUUGAAAAUAGCUUAGUUAUUGCCUUUUAUUCUCUUUUAUGGUUGUCUGAUGACAUCCAAAUUAUAACUGAACAAGAUGAUUGUAAUGAUUUUAAUCAUUUUAAUGAAAUAAGUAUUUAUAGUUAGUUAUUCUGUUAUAUGAUUCAAAAUAAGGAUAUUGAGGGAAUUUGAUGAAUGUAUUACAGUUUAUAUUAUAUAAUUAUUGUACUAAAGUACUGUAAAUGAAAAAUUGGGUGUGAUUUGUAUGGUGAGAAAAUUUAACAGCUUACUACAAGUUUGUUUUAUUCAUAAAUAGGGUCAGUUUUCAUAUGGUGUACAAAAAGAGUUACCUGAUGUUGAUGUGCAUUAAAUCCAUUAAUAUUGGAUAUAUCCUAUGAACACUUCUGCUUUUUUAUCAUUUUACAUUUCUCAUAUUCUCUUUGCAACAUGUUUCACGACCAUCCACUUCACCAAAACAAAAUGAUUUUGCAUUCUUUCUGUUUUCAUACAAACGAAUGAAUGGCUGUCUCACUAUUGUAUCACAACCAGAUGUUAUGUUUGUUUUUCCAGUGAUUGUUCCUCUCAUACAAAGCACUUAAUUACAUACUAUUCCUUCCUUUAACAUAAUACCUUUUACAUACUAUUUGUUAAGAAAUUGUAUAAUGUAAAUGUAAAAAAUGUAGUGGGAAGUUCAACAGAACCAAGGGCAGCAGAGUUAGAGUUUAAAACAUCUACUUUUUUCUGCACAGAGGUAGGUGAUCGGACACAGGCUUGUAAAUCUGAAACUCCUUCUCUCAUUUUCAAGGUCUGUGAUCGCCACAGUCUUUAAUUUCAUUAUAUUUCUGACUCACAGUAGCAAUAUUUUUGCUUAUUGAAGAAUAACAUGGCAAUACUGGAUCGCUUCUGUUAUGGUAGGCAAUAGAAGCAGACUGAGUGUCAAGAUAAAGUACUGACGAGGUCAAAUUAACACUAUCUUUAUUUCUCUUAUCUAAUAAAGCGUUAAUAUUUGCAUUAGAGUUAUUUGAGGAAGGAAAUUUCUUAUUGUAAUUUUAAUUAGAUUUUGAUGCAUUAGAAUAAGAAGUUGGUUUAUCAAAAAUGGUUCAAAUAUCACGAAUGGCUUUCAAUGGUUACUUACCUUGAUAACCGUACUUGAUGAUAACCUAAUAUUUUCAGCUUCAACACAAUCCAACCUAUUACACAGUUCACUUUGAUUCUGCAUUCAUUCAAAGAUCUGAUCUGUCAAAAUUUUAUGUGAGAUAGACAGUCACAAGAACUUUCAUAGUUUUUUAAUGAUUACAUGGUUGGUGAUGCACUCUCACAUUGACUGCGACACUGCAUUCAGUUGCCACAAAUAAAAUUUGUCUUCUCAUCUUUGGAAGAAGAACAAUCUUUCUUUUCCUUCCCCACACAAGCAAAAUGAUACCACUUCAUUUUAAACCUUCACAUACAGUGCUAUUUGUAGCUUUACGUGGGAAAGUUCCAACACAGGAAUUUUACUUGCUGUCGCCACCAUUUUCAAUCAAAACAAACUUGAUUAAUCUAAUAAAUACCACAAGAAAUAUUGGCGGUACUGUAUUUGUAAUCUUAUUUAUACAGUUAAUCAGCUAACCAUAAAAUUCAACUCUCAUAAUCAGUUGACUUUUAGUCACCUCUUAACCUAACCAGUGCGUAUUACCUGCAUAAUUAUUUGAAGAUUUGGUGAAUUUGAGAUUUGGUUACAACACAUCACAGUCAUUAUAUUGUGAAAACGUUACUUUCCAAUCGUAUUUUACACUAAUGUUGAUUUUAUUCAUUAUUUUGUAAUAAAAUACUUUGAAAAUAUUGGUAUCAGAAUCAAUUAAAGAACCAUAGUAUUGAGAAUACUCGAUACUGCUAAGAAUCGAGAUGUCAAUUAUCGGAAUCUGCCCAUCCAUAACUAAAAAAUUCCUUGAGAUUUGGAGGAUUCUUUAAUGGAAUAUGUGAACCGACCUGUAAACUUUAUGUAUAAUUUUUGGCAACUCCAUUUAAUUCUUUUUUGUAGGAGAUCUCAUGUUCGUUGGGAAUGAGAAUUGCUUUGUUUCAAAUCAAGCUGUCAUUCAUACUUGAAAAAAGAUUCUUGAUGCAUGUCUUAAGUUUUGCGUGUGAUUUUAUAUUUGUCUGAAAGACCAAUUUUGUAGUCAAAGAAAGAAUAAGAACCAGAAGGCUUUAUUCUUGAACAUAGAGUACAGAAUUGGUAUCAAUAAACAAUUACAAUAAUGAACAUUAAAUAAGGAUCACCUCUGGAUGAAACAAAUAACAAUGGUCUUGAUUUUGAACUCCUUAUACAGUUGUAGAGAACUUCACACUACUAAGAUUAAAAUCACCAAUAUUUUACACCAUUAUCCUUUCUAGAAAACUACCCAAAAAUUAUCCUUAUUUGUAAAUAAUUUGAUUUUGUGUCAGAUUGUACUGUAAUCAAUAAUUAUUACUAAGCAUGAAGUUGUAAGUAUUGUUUGCUUUUUAUGUGAAAAUCGAUAAAAGGUCAAAAGGUUGUUUUAUGUUAGCAAAGUAAUGUGUUUGAUCUUAUUUAUUAUUGUUAUAAUACUUUAUUCUUAUUUUAUAUUCUUCAUACUUUACAAGUAUGUGCUUGUGUUUAAGCUUAAGUUUAGGGACAUAUCAAUAAAUAUCGUGUUUGGGGUAUCAACUUCCAUAGAGUCCAUAAACUUUUUGUAAAUAUUGCUAUUGGCCAAAUUUGGUUUAACGUGUGCUUACCUAAAAAUAAGCUUAUGUUUUUUAAAUCAAUUGUUUUCAAUUUCUGAUUUUUGACAAAUUAAUUAGUGCUUUGAGAGUAAUAUAUGGUUUGUAAAUUUUAUUUAGAAAAAAUUAGGGCUGAUAUUUUAACACGUGAGAGGUCACAUGAAGACAAUUUGCUUACGUUUACUUUUUUUAAAUUUUGUUCAAUAAGACAUCUUCUCAUACAAACCAUAUGAUUAGUUUGACCAAUUGUAUUUCAGAAUAUACUAUUUUUAAUUACGAGUAUUUGCAAAUAAAACUGCAUCAUAAAAAACUUAUUACAAGUACUGUACAAUUUACCUUAAAAUUUAGACUAAGUGGGAGGUCACAUGUGAGCAAAUUGUCUCAUGUACUUUUUGUAAUAAAAAAUUUGUUUUUCUUCAAAAGUAAUGUGUUUAGUAAAAACAAUAUGCAAAAUGUUACUUGAAUUUAGUAUAAGUAAGUGAUUGUAUUCAUAAAUUGAAAUUGUUUUCAAGGAAUAUUGCAAAAUGGGUGUAGGGGACAGCAACAUUUUAAUUAUUUUGAAAAUAAAUGGGUAAAAGACUAACAGAUGUCAAAAUCUUGUGAAAACAUAUAUGAGAAGAGAUAAGACAAGUUCCCAAGCUGCUGAUAUUGUUAUAAUAUAUUAAUAAUAUUAACAAAUUAAAAAACCCACAGCAAACUGCAGUGGGUGCGACCUCUUGCUAGUUAAGCAAGAUUAUUAAAUUCACUUUAAAUGUAAAAACUUAAAAACUACACCAAAAUUAAAAUAAGGAAGUGCUAUUAAAAACACUCCAUCCAUUAAUUGAUUUUUCCAAGCAUAUAAAAGAAUAGAAAUAAAGUUCAUUGUAUUUGAUUUGAUUUUUUUUUAAUAAAGGAGAGGCCGAUCCCCUUUUAAGCCUUAUGUCCGUCGUCAUGGGGCACUGGCCUGAGGAUCUUAUUAAACAGAACAAGAGGGAGAGUCGAUACUGUACGAGGUCGAAGGUACUGAUGAAAAGUGCAACAGUGUUGAUAAAAACACAAGAUUUCUACACUUGAAAGUCUAUCAAUUAAAGCAGCUGAGAAUACAAACUUGUAUUCGUGGCAGUAGCACUGCUGUUUAGGGCUGCAACAAUAAAAAAUUUAAAUCAUUUUUUAAACUAUCUGGUUUGCUUAGUGUUCACAUAUCAGUCUUAUCAAUAUGGUAGACUGUCAUAAAUCUGUAAUCUGCAUUCAUUGAGAGUGUUGGAUAUAUCUCCAAACUUGAAGAAGUGUUGAAGGCCUGACAUGCAAAUUAGUAAUACAGUUGGGACAGUAUCUUUAUAGUUAAUAUUCUAUGCUAAACUUAUGUCUUUUAGUUUACCUUUGUACGGAGAUAUCCAUGAAAAGUUUAAGCUUGUUUAUUGCCACUUGGAUCUUUAUCGCUUUUAGGAUUUACAUUAAUCCUUUAUCCAGUGUACCAAAUUUUUCAACUAAGAGUUAAAAGCAAUGAAAUGUAAUAGAAUGCAUGUUCUUAAUAACAAUUUUUUCUUUAACUUUCACUUUGUACAAAUAAGUUAUUCAUGAUUGAAAAUAAUAUAGGGAAGCAGAUGAUUUCAUAAAAGAUAGGGAUAUUUUAGAUUCCCGUUGCAUGCAAGCGGUUUGAAAUACACAAAACUGUGCAGGUUUGAGUGUUUAGUAGGAGUGUUCAAUUCAAUGCACACGGUUUAGUAUUAUAAGCUCACAGGUUAGUUCAGAAAACAGGUAAAAAAACAUGCUGUUAUUGUAAAUUCAAAAUCAGGUAAUUCUGUGAUCCUGGGUAUGCCCCCCGACUUAUGAAUUGUGAAAUUUUACACAAUUUAUUCUGAUUAUUUGUUGAAAAUUGUUAUCUCAACUUCAUAACAUUUCUUUACUUAGUUGAUCAAUAUUUUCAUGUAAAAAUUUCCCUCUGCCAUUAUGUACUCGUACAAUGAGUGUUUCACAGAACAAAUUUAUUGAAAACACAAUUUUGAAGCAGUGAGCCAGUGUGUGUGCGCAACUGUUUCUUGCCAACGGGAAGUGUACCACAUACGGCUCAAUGUAUUCCACACCACCAAUGAGAUAACCAGGCAAAAAUAUUUGUGAGUUUAUAAGGGAAAGGAUUAUUAUUACAGUCAGUUAAAUAAAUUAAAAAAAUUAACUGAAGUCGUAUUAUUGUAACAACUAUUUUAAUGACUACUCUUAAAAUUUGUUUAACAUGAUAAAAAUUCCCUAUUUUUGUACUUUUAAUAACUAAUACUGAUUAUUUCUAUGUUUAAGGUAGGAUGCAUGUUUUGUCCAGCUCUCUAUUUAUGUAAAAAAUGUUGCACACUGAUUUGUUAUUUAUUUAAAACUGCACUGAUUGGGUAUAGUUUUGUCAUUAUAUUAGAGCACCUGUAAAAACAUUUUUCAAACUGGAUAGAUUCCAAUUUUCAUAUUUCAAUACCACAAAUUUAAAAUUGAGGGAUUGACUUGUGUUUUAUAUAGCUAAUGUGGUGACAAGUUUCUAAAAAAUGUUUCUAUUUGUAGGCCUAUAUAAAUUAUAUAUAUGUUUUAUUUAUUUAUUUCCAGUCAGUUGUACCAUGCAUGUUAUUGAUAGAGUAACUAUAGUUUAAGUUUAAAUGUAUUUUAUUGUUAAUUGAAUCACUUGAAGCAUUGCCAAUUAUCACAGUUUUAAAAACUAUUUAAUUAUAACUUAAUUUUUAUUGGUUUGUUAUUAAUUAAUCUCUCACAAUAAUAUAUUUAUUUAUGCAAUUUCUAAUGAGAUUUGAAAAGUAUCAUUAUCCAAGCGAUGAUAUUUGUUCAAAGAUUUGUAAGAUUUUAGAAAUAAAUCCAUGUUUAUCACCUAAAA